AUGUUGACUCUGCAACCGAAUUUCUCUCAAACACGCAAAAGGGGAUUUGUAGAGGGCAGAGAGACCGUCCGCAGCAGCUCCUUUUGCGGAGACUGGCCAGGUCGAUACUUGUCACGUGAUCUGGAGGCAGGAAAGACCACCGAGUUUUUUGAUUCACAAGACAGCCACGACGCCGUCGACUACGGCCAGGUCUCUUCUGAUCUCACCAAGAACUCGCUCUCCAGAGUGGCCGCGCCAGACAUGUCGGAUCCGGUGGUGCUUCAGUCGGCGGUUCGCGUGCCAACUCCUCCGCCAGGAGCGUCCUACUCACCUCAACCGUCGAGCGUGCGGAAGCGUUCCCCUCCGUCUCGAUCGCCAUCCCCUCAUCGUCGGCGGUCGCCUCCAGGGGCCGGCUCGAGAGACCUGAGAGACGAUGUUCCCCGUCUCGAUGCAGACCGCGCUCUCGAAAGGGAACAACAGCUCACAGAGAGGUUGCGGCAGCAAGAGAAAAAAGAUGCACCGCGAAAGCCAUUGACUGAGGAGGAGAAGCAAGCCUCGGCCAAGGCUGAGUAUGAAAAGCUGCUAAAUAUGCGGUCGGGAGGAACAUACAUUCCACCCGCUCGUUUACGCGCUUUGCAAGCCCAGAUUACAGACAAAUCCAGCAAGGAGUAUCAAAGGAUGGCAUGGGAGGCCCUGAAGAAAUCAAUCAACGGCUUGAUCAACAAGAUCAACGUGUCUAACAUCAAACAUAUCGUGCCCGAGCUCUUCGGUGAAAAUCUGAUUCGUGGACGAGGUCUAUUCUGUCGAAGCAUCAUGAAGGCGCAGGCCGCCAGUUUGCCCUUCACUCCCAUUUACGCGGCCAUGGCGGCUAUUGUCAACACAAAGCUUCCUCAGGUGGGCGAGCUCCUCUUAGGGCGGUUGAUCGUUCAGUUCCGCAAAGCAUUUAAACGAAACGACAAGGCAGUUUGUAUUUCUUCAACCACCUUCAUUGCGCACCUGUGCAACCAGCAGGUCGUCCACGAAAUGCUUGCAGCUCAGAUUCUGUUAUUGCUGCUUCACAAGCCUACAGACGACAGUGUUGAGAUUGCAGUCGGUUUGACCCGAGAAGUUGGCCAGCAUCUGGAAGAGAUGAGCGGGCCCAUUGCCCUAGCAGUGUUCGACCAGUUCAGGAACAUCCUACACGAGGCCGAUAUCGAUAAACGAGUGCAAUACAUGAUUGAAGUCUUGUUCCAGGUACGAAAAGACAAGUAUAAAGACAACCCAGCUGUCCGUGAGGAACUCGAUCUAGUCGAAGAAGAAGAUCAAAUCACACAUCGUGUGGGAUUAGAUGACGAGAUCGAAACUCAAGAUGGACUAAACAUCUUCAAAUUCGACACCGAAUGGCAAGAGCAUGAAGAUGCCUACAAGAGGCUCAAGGCAGAGAUUCUUGGCGAAGAUAGCGACUACGACAGUGAUGAUGAAUCCGAGGACAGUUCCGAUGAUGAGGAAGCCGAAGAGGAGAGGCAGAUGGAGAUCAAGGAUCAAAGCAACACCGACCUUGUGAAUCUCCGACGUACAAUCUAUCUGACCAUCAUGUCGAGCAUUGACUUUGAAGAAUGCUGUCACAAAUUGAUGAAGGUUUCCCUUCCUCCUGGCCAGGAGCACGAGCUGCCCUCAAUGAUCAUUGAGUGUUGCUCCCAGGAGCGUACCUACUCAAAGUUCUACGGUUUGAUCGGUGAACGAUUUGCCAAGCUGAAUCGCCUGUGGUCGGAUUUGUUUGAAGAGUCGUUUGCAAAGUACUACGAAACCAUCCACCGUUAUGAAACAAAUCGUCUGCGCAACAUUGCCCGGUUCUUCGGUCACAUCUUGAGCAACGACGCCAUCGGAUGGCAUGUCCUUUCUUUGAUUCAUAUGAACGAGGAAGAAACCACAUCUAGCAGCCGUAUUUUUAUCAAGAUCUUGUUCCAAGACCUCGCCGAGCACCUUGGUCUGGUGAAACUAAAGGAGCGAUUGACCGAUCCUGUUCUACGCCCAAGCUUCGACGGCCUCUUCCCGCUAGACAACCCUCGCAACACACGUUUCUCAAUCAAUUACUUCACCAGCGUUGGCAUGGGUGUUCUCACCGAGGAAAUGCGCGAGCAUUUGAAGAACCUUCCAAAACCAACGCUUCCAGCCUUGCCUGCGACGCGCGACGAAUCUGACCGCGAUUCCGUUAGUUCAUACUCGAGCUACUCCUCUUACACUGGUUCAUCCCGUUCCUCCUCCCGGUCACGUUCGCCGGUGCACCGUGAUCGCGGUGAUCGUGGACGGUCCUAUUCGCGGUCCGUCUCUCGACCUGCAUCAUAUUCUCGCUCCCCCUCAUACUCUCGCUCUCGGUCUCCUCCCCGCGGUGGCCGGGCCCGUAGUCCCCGUGGCCGAUCUUAUUCACGCUCGCGAUCUCGCUCAUAUUCAGUCUCUCGCUCCCGUUCGCCGGUGCGAGCACGCAACCGCCCACGAUCUUACACGCGAUCUCCAUCUCGCUCUCCAUCUCGAUCUCGACCUCGACCUCGGUCAUACUCCCGAUCUCUCUCUCCUGUCCGCGGAGAUGGCGGUGCACCACGCAACCGCGGACGCUCAUACACGCGCUCGCGAUCUGUGUCGAAAUCCCGUUCGCACUCAUUCACACCUCCGCCUCGUGGCUCUAAGAGGUAA